AUGAGUUCACAAACCUUCAAGCGGCAAUUACCGCCACAGAAAUACGGAGAUGUGUCAUUCCCAGCUCCGCAUAUCAUGCUGGUCAUCUUCAAUCGGCCCCAAGCACUCAAUGCCAUGACCAGUGAAGCGCAAUAUGAACUCGAGUCACUCUUUUCAUGGUACGACAGCGAGCCAUCACUUCGCUGCGCCAUUGUUACCGGCGCUGGACGGGCAUUUUGUGCCGGAAUGGAUCUGAAACAAUGGCAUCGGGCCACUACCUGUCGUGCAAACGGAGAGCACGACGGUCAACAAAUGAUGCCUCGGUCGGGCUUUGGGGCCCUUUCACGGCGUCACGGCAAGAAGCCGGUCAUUGCUGCUGUCAACGGACUGGCUUUUGGUGGUGGAAUGGAGAUUGUCUCGAAUCUGGACCUGGUGGUCGCUGCCAAGAGCGCACGAUUUGCACUCCCUGAGGCUAGGCGAGGCGUUGUUGCCAUGGCUGGCUCCCUGCCAAGACUUGCAAGAACUAUUGGUCGUCCAAGAGCCACAGAGCUCGCAUUGACCGGGAAGGUUAUAACCGCUGCUGAGGCUAGGGAAUGGGGGUUGAUUAACGCCGUAACGGAGGAUGGUGCGGCUGACUGCGCUGUCCUGAAACGUCCGGUUGUUAAGGCAGCCUUGGGAUAUGCGAUGGAUAUCAUCAACAAUAGCCCCGACAGCGUAAUUAUCAGCCGGGCGGGUAUCGUGGCUGGCUAUGAAAAUGGGAGUGCGGAGAAUGCUAGUCGAUUGUUGAGCGAGAACAUGGACUCGGCUUUGAAAGAAGGUGAAAACUUUCGCGAGGGUUUAAAAGCAUUUGCAGAGAAACGGGAGCCUCGGUGGGUGGACAGCAAGCUGUAA